UCUAACUCACCUUCUCAGGCUACAUUGCCUGUGAAGUCAAUCAGAAUCAUGGGCAAUUUUCAAGUUUUUAUACUACUGGUGUUAUCGUCUGUGAUAUCACAAGACAGUAUCUUUGUUGAAGCAAGCAAACCAUAUCCACCUAAACCUUACUCCUUUGGUUAUAACACAGAUGAUGGCUAUGGUAAUACUCAAAACCGUUAUGAGUCUAAAGACCCGGACGAUGGCUCAGUAAAAGGAUCAUAUGGAUACUGGAAUGCAGAUGGUGUUUAUCGCACUGUGUACUACACAGCAGACAGUGGAGGGUUCCGUGCUAAUAUCAAAACAAAUGAACCUGGCACAGAUAAUCAGAAUCCUGCAAGUGUGGAGAUAACUGCUUUAAAGCCACCUUCUUACUAUCCGCCCCCUAAAAAAUAUCCAUCUCCUCCAAAAUAUCCCCCACCAGAAAAAUAUCCACCAUCUUAUCCACCACCUUCAUAUCCCCCACCUUCAUACCCUCCACCUUACUCGUAUCCACCAGCACCUAAAUAUUCUCCAUCAUAUAGUUACUUUUAUCAGUAUCCACCGAAAUAUUCAAAGUAUCCUCCCAGUUAUCCACAACCAAAAUAUCCAGCUCCUAGUUACCCGCAACCAAAAUAUCCAGCACCAGCUUAUCCUCAAUCUAAAUAUCCGGCGCCAAGCUAUCCUCAGCCAAAAUAUCCAGCGCCUAUAUAUCCUCAACCCACGUAUCCAGUUCCAAACUAUUAUCCUCCUCCAAAAUAUCCCACGCAGGAAUACCCCCCUGCUCCAUACUAUCCUCCUCCUCCAAAAUAUCCAGCUCCAAGUUAUCCACCACCUAAAACUUAUAAACCAAAAUAUCCAGCCCCUGAUUAUCCUUCUGCACCAAAAUAUCCUGCACCAAGUUAUCCUCCUGCUCCAAAAUAUCCUUCACCAAGUUAUCCUCCUCCUCCAAAAUAUCCCCCGCCCAGUUAUCCACCACCUUCUCCAAAAUAUCCUCCACCCAGUUAUCCUCCUCCUCCACCAAAAUAUCCUCCGUCCAGUUAUCCACCUCCUCCACCAAAAUAUCCUCCUCCUUCUCCAAAGUACUCACCUCCCAGUUAUCCUCCUCCAAAAUACCCUUUGCCUAGUUAUCCUGCCCCUCCACCAAAAUAUCCUACUCCAAGUUAUCCCCCUCAGCCUAAAUAUCCAGCUCCUGCUUAUCCUUCUCCUCCUCCCGCUAAAUACCCAGCACCUACUCCAAACGUUUACAAACCUAAGUAUCCUGCACCCCCAGAAACCUCACCUGAACCUAAUGUCAAAUAUCCACUUCCACCUCCACCUCCGAAGUAUCCUCCUGCACCUAAAUAUCCUUCAUAUAAACCAUCUCCAGGGUACAAAUAUCCUCUUCCACCACCUACAACGCCACCUGAAGAACAAGAUCAACCAGAGGAUGAACCUGAGGGUAAAGACGGUGAUGCUGAUAAGGAAGUCACUGAAGCUCCAGUGGCAGAAAUUGAAGAACCAGCAGCUCCAGAAGGAGAAGAUAUCCCAGUUCCAGAACGCCAAAGAAAUAAGCGACCAGCUUUUGGUAGAAGACUACGACCACCGAGCAAUCCGAUAGUUCCAACAACUUCUGCACCUGCACCAGAAGGCCUUGAACUAGAAGCAUUGGAGAUACCAGAUGAAAUUUGGGACUGGACUCAGUGAUAAAAAGCUUUAGUAGUUCAUUCAAUUAUCGAUGACUUUUUCAAUGAUUACAAGAUACGUACAAUGAGACUUUAUAGAAGACAAAUUGACAUGCUAACAAGUGAUUUUCGUAUUUCAACCAAAGUGACAUGGAAGAAAUAUAAAUUUUGUUGUAAAUUUCAAACCGUGAAAUGAAUAUGAAGGAAGCUUACCAUUUGAUGUGAUUCGAUAUUUCUUAAUGCAAUUUCGUAUAAUCUGUUAAAUAGGUUUUCUUUUUAUCUUAAAAUAUAUGCACAGGACUUAUUAUUUAUGAAGGGUUCAUUAUCAUUGGUGAUUGUUUUGUUUUCUUAUUUCAUUGUCAUUUACUUACUGUGAAUAAGGUGUAUAUAUUGUUUCAAGAAUGUAUAUUUCAUAUAGUCAUUAAAAUAUGUGCAGCAUUUAA